AUGGCGCCUGAAGAUGGUCUUGUCCACCUCAAGGAGUACGACAUCAAGGACAGCAAUGUCGAGCUGAUCGGCAGCGACCUCGACCACAAGGUGAAGUACAACAGCGCCGCCAGCGAGCCCGCCUGGAACGAUGGGCAGGUGGGGGUGGCACCUGGCCUGCACAUCUGGCGCAUCGAGGACUUCGAGGUGAUCCCGUGGCCUAAGGACAAAUACGGCCUGUUUUACGACGGCGACAGCUUCAUCGUGCUGCACUCGUACAAGGUCGGCCAGCAGGCGGAGGCGGACAAGCUCGGCCACGACAUCUUCUUCUGGCUGGGCAGCCACACCUCGCAGGACGAGGCCGGUGUCGCAGCCUACAAGACGGUCGAGCUGGACGAGUUCCUGCACGGCAAGGCCAGCCAGCACCGCGAGAUCCAGGAGAGCCCCAGCGAUGCCUUCAUGGAGCUCUUCCCCAAGAUCCAGAUCCGCUCUGGCGGCGUGCGCUCCGGGUUCAGGCAUGUCGAGGAGGAAGCCAAGGAAGAAGUCUUGACCCUGCUGCGCGUCUUCAAGCACCCUGGCUCCAAGCGCGACUCCGUGGUCGUGUACGAGGUCGAGCCCACGUGGCAGAGCCUGGACGAGGACGACGUCUUUAUCCUGGACAAGGGCGACAAGAUCUUUGUCUGGCAGGGCAAGAACUGCAGCCCCAUGGAGAAGGCAAAGUCGGCCCAGGUCGUGCACGACAUGACCCUCGCCAAGCACAUCGACGUCGAGGUCCUCUCGCAGACGGAAUCGCGGUCUAGAGUGGUGGUCGAGAUGCUAGGCAGAGACAAGGACGCCGCGCCAGCCUCGGAGAGCUAUCGCAAGCCCAAGCCUUUCGCCAGCAGGUCCGCCGCCGAAGGAGGAGCAGGAGGGGCCAGGGGAAAGAAGCUGUUCAAGCUCAGCGACGCAUCUGGUCAGCUGAGCUUUGGCCUGGUCAAGGAGGGUGCGUCGAUUGGGAGGUCGGACCUGGACGGCAGCGAUGUCUUUAUCUUGGACGACGCCGGCAAGACGAUCUGGGUCUGGCAGGGCGCUGGGGCCAGCAGGGCAGAGAAGGCGGCGUGGCUCAAGGUUGCGCAGGCCUAUGUGCGCCAAUUACAGGGUGGCGAUGAUCAGUCUGCGCACCUCACACCGAUCGCCAAGGUCGUGGAUGGUAGCGAGAGCCCUGCCUUUAUGAGAGCAAUUGCGGUCUGAGAAGUAUGCACUGUUAUUGUGUAAGAGACUUGGGGUUUUGUCAGUAUUUGUGUAAAGCUCUAUCGAUCCGCGAUUUCAUAAAAGAGUAUCUUGAAGAUGA